AUGAAGUUGAAAGGAAAGAAGGAGGAGAGCCCCAACAACAAUGAAAGUCCAAAGGGGAAGAUGACACUUCUGCUUGCAAUGGUAGCACUGAUAUCUGGGUUUGGAUCUUCUUUCCAGUAUGGCUACAACGUGUCUGUGAUCAAUUCUCCAGCGCCGUACAUGCAAGACUUUUACAACCAAACCUACUUCAACAGAAAUGGAGUGCCUAUGGACAGUAGCUUCCUGACGUUCCUCUGGUCUCUUACUGUGUCCAUGUACCCUCUGGGUGGUUUCUUUGGGUCCCUCAUGGUGUGGCCUCUGGUCAACAAUUGUGGCCGAAAGGGCACUUUGCUGAUAAAUAACAUCUUCUCCAUUGUUGCUGCACUCCUUAUGGGAACCUCAGAGAUAGCAAAAACCUUUGAAGUAAUCAUCUUUUCACGUGUUAUCAUGGGAAUAUACGCUGGUCUGGCUUCCAAUGUGGUUCCCAUGUUCCUUGGAGAAAUAUCCCCCAAAAAUCUGAGAGGUGCUACUGGGGUAGUACCCCAGUUCUUCAUCACUGUUGGGAUCCUUAUAGCUCAGAUCCUUGGUCUCAACAGCAUCCUUGGGAAUGCUAAAGGCUGGCCUGUGCUGCUGGGGCUCACUGGGAUCCCAUCGCUAAUUCAGCUCCUUAUAUUGCCCUUUUUCCCUGAGAGUCCCAGAUAUCUGCUGAUACAAAAGGGCAAUGAAGAGCAAGCUCGGAAAGCUCUGAAGAAGCUGAGAGGCUGGGAUGAUGUGGAUGAUGAGAUAGCAGAAAUGCGCCAAGAAGAUCGAUCAGAGAAGGAAGAGGGUCAAUUCUCUGUACUCAGCCUGUUCACCUUCAGAGGCUUGCGGUGGCAGCUCAUCUCUAUCAUUGUCAUGAUGAUGGGCCAGCAGCUCUCUGGGAUUAAUGCGGUCUUCUACUACGCAGACAGAAUCUUCGAGUUCGCAGGUGUGGACAGCAACAACGUUCAGUAUGUCACUGUGUCCAUAGGCGCCGUCAAUGUCGUCAUGACUUUGCUAGCUGUUUUCAUUGUGGAAUCCCUGGGGAGAAGGAUCCUUCUCCUCGCUGGCUUUGGAUUGUGCUGUGUCUCCUGUGCAGUGUUAACUUUGGCCCUCAAUCUCCAGAGCACUGUUUCAUGGAUGUCUUACCUCAGCAUUGUGUGUGUCAUUCUUUACAUCAUCGGACAUGCUAUUGGAGCCAGUCCGAUUCCCUUUGUGAUGAUCACCGAGAUGUUCCUGCAGUCAUCCCGGCCCGCAGCGUUCAUGGUGGGUGGGUCUGUGCACUGGCUAUGCAACUUCACCGUAGGGCUUGUGUUCCUCUACCUGGAGGCUGGACUGGGGUCCUACUGCUUCCUCCUCUUCUGUGGCGUUUGCCUUGCCACUAUGAUUUACAUCUUCUUUGUUGUUCCUGAGACGAAGAACAAAACCUUCAUGGAAAUCAACAGGAUCAUGGCCAAGAGGAACAAGGUGGAGAUUCAGGAAGACAAAGAAGAGCUUAAGGAUUUCCAAACUGUCCCAGCCGGGCAGGAAGAGAAAAAAGAAGUCUCUAGCAGUGAGCUGUGA